CUUUCCGCGGAAGCCCAACCCGAUGAAAAUCUCUUCUCUUCCUUGUGGCAGCUCACUCUUGUUUUGGCCUCCGCGAAGACGGAGGCGAGGCUGGUUGUCAAUUCCUGGCCUUGGUGCCAUUCGCCAACGUUCCACUUUGUUUCGUCUGCCUCAACCGCUAAAGUCUCUUCAAGUUGAAAUGACGACCGACCCGCCAAGGUUCCCUGGCAUCCGCACAGCCGACAACACCCAGCAGGCGAAGCAGGAGCAUAGCACAUUUUUCUUCGGCGUAGACCCGCAGUCGGAAACGUUCAAGCGCGGCCUGUUUGGAGUCCCAGUUGGCGCGAACUUUAGCCCGAACGCAUUUUCCACGAACAGCAGCUACAGCGCUAAUUGGCGCGAAAACGACGGCACGGUGCAGGGGCUUCGAACGCGCAAUGUGGUCCUGAUCGAGCAGAUGCUGAGCAGCCACGCGCCGCACGACGUGCUCACACAAGUUCCCGAGAAUAUUGACUGGCACUCCAAAACAUUUCAACUUGCUGUCAAAAUCGAGCGCCUCAUGUUCAACACUGCGACGUCUCGCGAAGACUACCUGAACGAGAGCACGCUGCGUACGCGAGUGCAGAACUUGUCUCGGAAUUUGAUCCAGAUGCGCAAACGCAAGAACAUGAUUUCGGAAAAAUUCACGGCCCUGUCGAUGAGCUAGUUGCGACGAGUCUCGACGUUAGCGAUGCGGUCACUCUUGCCGUUUCAGUGGGGGAUUUUCGACAGAAUGGUUCAAGCGCACCUCAUGAACAUGUUUGCCGUCUCCCGAGUGGAUUAGGAACGUGAGGUAUUUAUCGGAGAGGCUUGCCGAGAGAGGUACAUGCUGUUAGCACGCUGGGGAAGGAAAGUCAAGUUAUGUUGUAAAUUCUAAUGUAAAUGUUAUUUUAUCAUACAGUUCGAAUCUGUUGCGAUUUGUUGAUUGGGUAAAAGUUCUGCGAAAACGUGAUAAUUAUGAAAACCAAAACGCAAUUGCAUUUUACCGUUGAGGGGAGGUACCGGUAUUACAACAACUAGUUGCAAUUGCUGCUGGGGCGUUGCCACGUUCAUUAGUGCAGC